ACUUGGAGUCUUCCUGAGCUGUUAGGAACCCGAAGCAAAGGAAUCAGAAUAUCGAAUCAACCAACUCCAACUCGCGCCACUUCUUUCAUGGAAACGUUUGUCAGAAUAAAAACUUUAUAACCCUUACGUUAUUGAUCAUCUCAUUAACCACGAACUGAUACAAGACUACAAGAAGAUUUUUAUUUAUUGUUUUCUCUUCCAAACUUGACAAAGAAAUGGUACGGGAUGGAGAAGACACUCCUUCCAGGUAUGAAUUGUUGAGUAUGGUAAAAAAGCAUUCUAAGUUGCUCAGUAAAGCUACUGAGAGUGAACAAGAUGCUUCAGAUGUUGAAAUGGAUGGCCGUUUUUGGUAUGAUAUGUUAGAUUUAUACUUCAUCCGUGGUAAGGAAUCGAGGGGGCGGCAGGAUGAUGAUCUUGUAUUUUUCGUCAGAAAAAUGGGCACAGAAGGAUAUGGUUUCAAUGAUAUUGUGCAGGGCGUCCCUCCCUACUUUGUACGCAGGUGGGCACCUAAGUUGGAUAACUUGGUCAGUGAACAUUCCAAAGAGAUAGAUUGGAGGCGCUCAUUUUACUUGAAUUUAAUUGCACACACUUCAUUCACAGUUACAGUAGCAAUUUGCAGCCAUCAGGUCCUUCGCAACCAUCAAGCUGGGCAAGAUGCACCAUUGUCUCCCAUAUACAAGGUUGUAAAGACUGUUUAUGCAUCACCAAGCCGUGUGGAUUUUCAAUUGGACUCAAAAAAGGAAGUAGAGACAACUCCUGCCUAUCCAGAUAUCUGUUUUGCCAUUGAUGAUUUUGACUCCACGUUUGAUGCAGUCGUCUUGACAGAACCAGACCAUUGCUACUGUGUCCUUCUCAAUGCGCAUGGUGGGGCGGCAUUUCCUACCGAGAAGGGGUCACCAGAUACCAGUUCUAGUAGUAAUUCACCUCUCAAAACUGAUACUACUUUUGCAAAGACAAAGAAUUCUAAGCUCACUCUUUUCUCUGGGUUUGUAAGCUAUCAAAUGGUUCGAGAAGCAUAUGAUGCUGGCAAGUCUCGAUUUGGAAGUCUCCUUUCACUUGGGCAAUCCCCUGGCAAAACAGAUAAACUGUACAUGAAGGGUCCAGGAGGACGAGGGGAGGUUGAAGUUGCUGUUUCUGGUGUUGCCGAUCAAAGUCAGCAGGAUUUUGGCCCCUUUUCACCAGUUACAUCAAAGAAAGGGUUUGGGAUUGGUUCAAUUGUUCGAAAAGCUGCAUCAGUUGCAUCUGUGGCAGCAAAGCAUGCCUAUGCAGCUGCUGCUGCCUCUACAAGUUCUGAUGACGAGAUGCUGCCCCUUAAGUGCUGCUUGAUGUCUAUAUCAUUGCCCUGGGAACAUAUUGCUUAUGAUCUUUUGUUUAAGGGAAGUCCGCCAGUGAACUUAUAAGUUUCUUAGGCUAUGUAUCGUCUGUAAAUGCAAACCAUAUGGGUCUUGCCAGCAAGAGGAAAGUGCAGAA